AUGGCGAUGAGGUGGGUGGCGGCCCCAUACCUUUUCUUUGCCCUGAUACUGCUACUGGCCUUGUCUUACCCACAAGGCGCAGCCAGCCAGGCAGCGGUUACCGACACUCACGUGAAGUUGUGGCUUAUGAGGAAAAUGAACCAGUCCAGUUUGAAAGACACGCCUCUCGCAUUUUACAGCGGCAUGAAUGCCUCGCUGUGGGCGCGCAAUUGCACUGUUGCGGAGGGUGUUCGUGUGGAGGUUGUUGAAAAGGAGGAGGUGCAAGAGGACAAUAUCGCCGCCUUGGAAGAAGAAAUAAGGAAGGAAGAGAAUGUUUUGGCACUGGUCGGCAUGCAAAGCCAGGGAUUUCUCCAGCUUGUGCUUCCGCUGUUGAAGAAAUAUGACCUUGUCUCGUUUGCCCCGUUCACUGGGUCGAGUUUUUUGAGUGGGUGGAACCCUAACCUGUAUUUAGUGCGUGCUGAACCUGCGGCCGAGCUGCUGGCACUCCUCCGCUACGCCUUGGCCAACUUGCAUGUGCUUCGGCUGGGCUUCAUGUACCUGCAGGGCGUUUACUUUGGUGACAGGGAGUAUGCGCAGGCACAACGCGCGAUGUCGGAGAGGAACCAUACGUUCAGCGGUGUGUUCAGUGUGGAGAGCUCUGUGACUGGUGGUGCGAGGAAGGAAGUGUUUGACGCUGCGUGGGAGGCGUUUGCUGAGACUCGGCCGCAGGCCGUGAUUGUGUUUGCACCGCCGAUAAAUGACACCGCGAAAUUUGUUGGGAGGAUGCUGACGGACAGGCGCACUGCUGGCGCGUACCUGCUUGCUCCCUUGUUGCUGCAGGACCUUUUUUUGAGUUUGUGGCGUGCUGCUGUGGCUGGCGGUGUUGAGUUUGUGCCUGGGCAGGUGAUCACGACGGGGACGAACCCGCUGGCGAAGGACACACAGUACGAGGCCAUCCAGCGCUUCCAGAAGGUGAUGCAGGACUACCUGAUGCACAGUGGGCAAAAAGACUAUGCCGACAAUGACCAUUUUCUGAAGGAUGACGGCGACGGUGAGAUGAUGGUUGCUGGGUGGAUUGCUGGCGAGGUGCUCUCACAGGCGCUGAGCAGUCGUGAGUGGGUGAAGGACCGCAAGUCGUUCUUGGCGUCUCUGUACAACCAACGCCGGUAUGUGGUUGACGACAUUGUGAUUGGCGACU